AUGAGCCUUUUUUACUGGUUAAUAUGGCUCUUCACUUAUGUGUUAGUGUUUCAUUGCAACUGCUCUCUAGAAUCUGAUUCUUUCUUCACCAACGACUUAAGACCUGCUAAGUUCCUUUCUUCUUAUUUCCGGCUGGAACAUAUUUUACUCACCGUGGACAUUGCCAACAAGUUUAACACUCAGGGCCUCCAAUAUGCCUAUGAUCGGUCACAGGACUCCCAUACUUUCACUGCCAACCCUGGAUACCUCAUAAACAAGGUCACCAGGCGUGGCGCUGUUCUUUGGGAUGCUAAGGACUACGACUGCCAGUGCUCCUUCAGGGUGUUUGUGGGCUUCAAUCGGCUCAACGAGCGGGUCUUCCGGGUGUACUUCCUUCUUCCCGAGCCCCCUCAGCUCAGCUCCUUUGACAACGAUUUAAUUCUGCCUCGAUCUAGGGACUCUCUGGGCCACGACGUCGAGUUGGUCGGCGCCAACAUUCAGGUAAAGCGGUCCACCAACUUCGUUACCUAUAUGCGUGACCCUAUUACUCAUGCUGAGAUUUUCACUGCCAAGGCGCCCUACAGGCUCGCCCUGCUGAAGAACGGCGACGCCACCUUCUGGCGCCACAAGCGCGGCCCCUACCCUGAUAGGGUCCUCGUGACUAUGAACCGAAAGGGCGGCCCCUAUUGCAGAUUUGGCUUUCCUAGCCCUAAGCCUGAGCCUGAUCCCAAGCCCUUCCUCCUUGACGUUGCCACUCUCGAAAGCACUGAUUGCUUUCAAUACCAGUUUAAUGCGCUCAGCCAAACUCACUCGUUCACUCCCAACCCUGGUUUCCUCAUCUACGAGGUCAGCUCUAGGGGCAAGCUGCUAUGGAGCUGUGAGGACUCCCUUUACCCUGAGAAGGUGAUCAUGUUUCCAAACAAACGUGGCAACUCGCAGCUCCGGAUCAAACUGCCUUCUAUUAUCCCAACGAAACCCACUCAUCAAGGCUGCAUCGAAAUCAUAACCAGGGGCAGCAAGCGACCAAACGACGAGGCCAAAUACACACUCACUCAACCUUCCAGUGGUCGGUUAAUAUAUUCGUUCAAGCCCGGCGCCCAGUGCACCAUGGUCAGAUGCAACGGGCGUAUACUGUGGAUUUACGGCAAUUUCAACUGCAAGGACUAUCCGACCUCCCUCUUGUACACCAAUUACUCCGUGAUUGACAUUCACUUUGGCUGCGGAUUCAUUAAAUAUCUUAGGCUUCCUAACGGCAACUGGAGCGAGGGCAUUCCACACGACAUUAGAACUUCUCUAAUACACUAUAACGAGCCACCAACGCCACUGGAAUCUCGAUGGCUUGCUUCGAAUGCCCCCAUCCCUUACCAAUCGACCGAAAACCUCAGUUUGUACCAUAGAGCUAUGGAUGAACUUUCGUGGAAAGGACGAAAAUCAGUCCGUUCUGCUGAUACCAGCACCGAUGGAGACUACGAUGGUGCCAGCGUCGUAAACGUCAGGAGAACGCGGUCCCACGUCGCCGGUAUUCGGUACGACUUGAAUGAUUUAAAUUUGCAUACAAAUAAAGAGAGUAGCAAGUUCAGGCACAGAGACUUCAAGUCGUCUUACCGACCGCAACAACACCGCGCAUCGCAGACCACAACUCAAGGUUAUAAACCGGAAUUUAGGGACAAAUUCCUGGUACCCUUGGACUUAAACGAAAUAGCAUCCACGCCAGGUUAUUAUGUACAAAAUAAACCUGACAAAACCAUUUACAUAGCGCAACCCGGGUACUUGUUUGGCAUAGUCACUUCGAACGGUGAAACGUUAUGGAAGACUAAGAGAGGCGACUAUCCCAACAAGGUGAUUUAUAAAACGGUGGACGGGCAGAACAGGCUGAAGGUUUACUUCCCGGAACCAAUGCCCCCGCCCAGAAUAUCGUCACUUAAGGUGGUCAGACCAGUGAGAGACCAAUACGGGAGAGUAGAGCGUCCCAGACCACGAUACGGACCGUCAGACCCGUCGAAAGUAGCCAUUGAAAUAACGGACCCUCACAGACCAGACUUUAAAUUCUUCAGGUAUGUGGAGCCGGAGAGGAUUCCGGCCGAGUCCAUACCUAAGAUCGUUGACACGCGUCGUGAAGCUGAGGCUGCGGAGCCUGCGGAGCCAUUUGUUGAGGUUGAGGGCUUAGAUCCCGGACUCAGAGUACGCCUGCUUCCGGGAGUUAAGACCGGAGAGCGCAGGCGCCAACCAAUACCGUUGCCAAUGUCGAUGAAUAUCGAUGAGCCACUCGAACUCCACUACGACUAUGAGCCAUGGCGAGUGCAAGAGCGAGAGGCGCAGGUUAAGUCUGAGACUGAGGCUAAGCCUGACGCUCAGGUCAAGGCUGAGGCUGAGGAUAAGGCUAAGGAGACUGACUACGAGGCGUCUUCUGACCUGGAAGAUGAGUCGGACAUGAGGCACCGCGGAGUAAUCAAGUACGUGACGCUGAACAUACAGAACAAGGAGACCAGAAGGAGCUACCGCUUCUUCGAGGACAUCAGGACGCAAACGGCAUUCUACUUCCCAAAAGUUGGAUUUCUGUUCAACAAGGUGCAGCUGACCAGACAGUACCACGCCCUCGCACACGAUUUGUACUACCAGUGGAAGGCGAACAAGGUGUUCGCAAAAAUGGUAAUGGUUAACGGAAUCGACGACGUUCAGCCGUUCGUGUCAAUAUUUCUGACUGACGGCCAGAUACUGUUUUACUGCGUAGCAUACAUUAAUAGCAUACACCUGGGCACCAGAAGGUUCUACCCGGAGGUGGAUUUGAAUACAGACGAGCACCCCCAGAACGUCAGGAUAUACACGCUCUCCAGCUCCGGAGAGAGGAUGAACGACGUGAGGAAGUACGAGGUGUCCACUUACGUGGUUCCCAACGGCACGCACCCUAUGGCCUCGUACAACCCGUUCUACCGCUACAUGUUCAAAAGCGCAAGGUAUUUGAGGAUAACGAUCAACAGCAGGCUGCUGUGGGAAAGCGGGAGUGGGCCACGUCCACAGGCCCUGUACUACUUCCCGACCCAGAACUUGGCGGUGCUUGAGUUCGACUACCACUCGUACAACGUGUACAAGUUCCAGAGUGACAUGUGGUUCCUGUGGCUAAAAGAGUACCAUUACAAGAGGUUGAGACAGUCGACAAGCUGGGCGCACUCAGAAGGCUACAAGGGGAACACAGAGGCCUUAAAUAGGAUAAACAGAAUAAAAUGGUUAUUUGAUAAGACAUGGAUGCACAUAUCUAGGAGACUAGGCUACUUAGUAAUAUUUCUUUUGUCAUAUCGGCCACGGAAUCAGGGGCACUUAGCCCGUUCUACUCAAGUUUACGACUCCUAUGGCGACUUGCCCUUUGAUUCAACCUUCGCCGAUCCUUUAACUGUUGUUGAGAUAAAAAAUCUCUUUAGCACGAAUGAAAUAAAUUAUAAAUACGAUAAAAGAGCCAACUUUCACGAAUUUAUCGCAAAACAGCCGUACUUAAUAGACAAAGUCACCAGGAACGGACGUAUUAUCUGGGACUCUGCCAAUUAUGACUACGAGUACGGCUCCAAAGUAGUCGUAGGAGAAAACAAUGCCGGCGGUCGACUGUUCAGAGUGUACUUUCCACAUGAAACGGGCCCGAUUUUUUCAGACUCGGGCUCCUCAUGUAAAUCGAUUCCGAAAGCCGCACCGCAAGAGGCACCCAGACUCACAAAAUUACUCAACAUUGAUAUUAAGUACAAAUUCACCACCAACGAAGUAUUGUACACAUACAACGAAACUGACGACACUCACACUUUUAGGGCAGUUGAGCCGUAUGUAUUUAACCAAAUUUACAAAAAUGGAGUCAUAGUAUGGGAGUAUGAACAAGGAGCAUACCCCAACGAAGCACUGGUAACUCGCGACGAAGCCGGCAGGCCAAUGUUGCGAGUAUUCUUUAAUAAGCCACCGGAGGUCGCCAAACACGAUUACCGACCUCAGAUUUCAAAACCAGUUCAAUACAGAGGGCCAGUACUGAGAGCCCCGAUCCCAACUCACGAAAGGGUACAAACAGAAAUUAUAAAAAUUGUUAGGCCGCCACCGAAAGUGGAUCCCAUUCCAAUUCCAGAUACAGAAACGGAAAGAGAAACGGAGCCAGAUACGCAACUAGAAACGGAGCUAGAAUCGCAGUUUGAGUCAGAAAGCGACGGUAUACCUCGAUCCAAGAGGUUGACUAAGACUAAAAAGUUACACAUUGAUACGGAAAGUGAGCCUGAAGUCGAGGUUGAAGAAAAACCGAGUCUGAAGGUGGAGGAUCAGCCGCGGCCGAAAGUCGACGAGAGACCAAAGCCGAAAGUCGUUGAGCGACCAAGGCCUAAAGUUGAGGAGUACCCAAGGCCGAAAGUUGAGGAGUAUCCAAGGCCGAAAGUCGCGGCACAGCCGAAGAGGAUGGCAGUCGUCCCCAAGGCAGGCUUGCUGGACAUGAGGCCGGUGGAACUCAACGUCGACUACAGGUACAGCACAUUCUGCUUCGACUACACGCAGUACGACAACGUGGGCACGUACAUCGCCAAGGAGGGCUACGCGAUCAUCGUCGUGAGACUGACCUACAAGUUCCUCAUCUUCGGAACGGACGUGGUGAUCUGGCGAUCCCGCAGCCCCGAGCUGUACGCCACGAAGGUGGUGCUCACGGGCAUCAGCAACGUGGCCAACACGCUGACGCUGUACCUCAACAACGGGGAGACCAAGACCUACAAGAAGUCUUCAGACAGGCAAAUAUGGCUGGAGGCUGAUGAAGUCGCGCCCGAGGAGCCGGACCCGCUGGACCUCGACCCCAGUCUCCUGGACAUCGACAUUGACAACUUCUCAAAGUCGAUCGUCUACGACAUCAGGUACGUCGACGACGAGGCCGGGAAGAUCAACUACGUGUACGCGCCGAAGAAGAAGUACCUCUUCAAGUCGGUGAGGCAGGAGUCCUACAUUGUUUGGAAGGCCGCGGACAAGAGCGAGUGCGCCUCCAUCGUGCACGUCGUCAGGUACACCUUCCCGGACAUAAUCAACCUCAUGAUAAUGACGCCCGACGGAAACAGGAGGCUGUACGUUAAGAACAUUCCCAGGCUCUGCAAGCUGCCCACCUGGAAGGAGGCGUCCAUAGAUCCCAUUAAUAAGAGGAUAAUGAGCCAAAUCAGGAGAGUUGUCCCGUUUUAA